AUGGCGGAUGUCUCAAGUAAUGACCGAAAAAUAAAGAUAUCUAAAAACGGAAAACUUGUAAAGAAACGUUUACGAAAUCCGGAAGAAUGGCACAAGCAAAAACAGAAACGUUUAAGAAUAGCUGGACUCGAAUAUAUAAAUGCAAAUGGAAAAGUAGUACCGCCAAAACAACCUGGACCUGACUGCAAUUGUAGACGAAAAUGUUUCCAAAGGGUUCCAGAAGAUGUCAGGUUAAAAACAUUUCAAGGCUUUUAUUCAAUGAAAACUCAUGACGAACAAAAUGCUUAUCUAUUUGGCUUGAUGAGGCAAGUGGAUGUAAAAAGAAAAAGAGUCAAAACAAGCAGUCGCCGUACAUGUACAUUUGAAUAUUUUGUCAGGGUGAAGGGUAAAGAAACCCAAGUAUGUCAAACAGCUUUUAAAAACAUUCACGCUAUAACAGAAAGGAAAGUAAGGGUACUUUGCAAAAAGAUGGAUGAUGGUAUUAUGUUUCCUAAUGAUAAUAGAGGUAAAAAUAGCCAUAGAAGAUCAGGUGAAGUUCGACUUCCAAAUGGUGUAAUAGACCAAAUAAAGAGUCACAUUUAUUCCAUUGUGCACACUCAUAGACUAAAAGAUUUUAUUAGAUUGGAUAAAAUUGCUGGAUUAGAAAUCAAUAUAUCUAAAAUGUGGAAGGACUACAUAAAGACAUAUGAUCCAGAUAAUAUAUCAGCUACAAUGCCAAAAUCAAAAAGAAAUAUGGAAAUAGCUUUACCGAGUGAACCAAGCCACCAGCCGCUACAGCCACCUACACAAGAAUCUUUUACCCUUUACCCUGGCAGUGGACAACUUGUCAACAUAGCAGAGAAUUAUUUUCAAAAUCAAUAUCAAACCACAGCCUUAACAACAGCAGCAACUCAAACAAAUUUUUAUCACACUCAGAAUAACGCUCAAGGUAUGGGUAUACUCCUACAGUCCACAGUCACGAGACCUGCACAACCUACAACAGCUUUUAUUGUGCUCCAAGCUAAACCAGAACCAAGCCAAGACACAACACUAGCUAUUAGUGACAUCUCAUUUACUCAAAAUUCAGAGAUUACUGAAGUGAAAAAUGAUACACAAAAAAAGAUUAAAAAGGAAAGAAAAAAGGGACCACUGGUUAAACAAUGGAGAUACUCUAACAUCUUCCAUGAUGAAAUUAAUGGUGCAGCAUUAGCAGCGAUAAAGACGAGGUUGGGGAUGUAUUAUGCUGAAAGUGAUGCAGCAAGGAAAAAGGCCAAGCAGGCUAGGCCUCAAGAUGCUGUACAGACUACUCAAGUUCAACCAGAACAAAUUCGACCUACACAUACUGUUACUAUAUACACAUGA